UUAAUUCGGUAAUUUAAAAAUAAUUAAGGAAUGAAAAUCCUGAAUAUAGGAAGAUGAGUGAUACUCUAUCUAAAAUAUUAACUGUAAACAAUAAAUUGGUUAACUGUGUCUCUGUGAUACCAGUGGCAUCUACAGGCAUCUGUAGCAUAGCAUUCACAACAGUGAUAUGCUUUGCUGGAAUCCAUACUAUACUCACAUUUCUUAUCUUCAACAUAUAUGAGUAGAGUCCUAAUGCGUCCUUUCCUCACAGAUUAAAUUGCUAUUACGUCAGUACCUUUUGUUUUCACUCAAAGUAAGUGGUCCAGGAAUAUACUUGACGAGAAAAAUGGGUGAGUGUGGUAACAGGCAAACUCGUAAAAUAUAGUGUUUCUAGUUAAAUAAAUGCAGUCAAGACUUUACAUUUUUAUCUAUAACCUUUCACUCACCUAAUUUUUAUCUGAUAUUAUCUUGACCUGAGAAGCAGAAAUCCUAGCACCAUCUGAGAUUUCUUGUCUUUAUCUCUAAAUUCCUUUUCAUUUUCUCUUUGAUUCUUAGAACUGGCUUCUAAAAUGGGUCUAAUAAUAUAUGGCAUUAUUUCUAAACUUAAUAUAGCUUCACACUGUAAAUGACAAUAUAAAACAAGAUACCUUUUGGUUGAAUUGUCUUAUUUCUAAGGAGGAAAACAAAACCUACUUUAAAAAAUAAUGAACUUUGGACCAUAUGGUACAGAAUAGCUUAAACUUUUGCAUCUUUGUGAAGUUCUCACAGUCUUGAAAAUAAAAAGAUACAAUUAUUAUGAACUGAUUUAAUUUUGAAUGGGCAUUUUAUAACAACUUACCACUACUGGUUAGAUAAUAUGCAGGACAAAUGGGAGUUCUUUGAAGUUCACAGAUAAGGAGUUUCAAGGCACAGAUAUCCUUUUUGCUGUGUGCUCACAGUUACUCUAGCUGAUAAACUUUAAUGGGAUAACAUUAUCACAUAACUUUAAAAAACAACAACGUUCCUUUUUCAAAAAGAAUGUAUACACGUUCUUAAAAGGCUCAUUUGAAAACGUAAAAUGUGUUUUGAUGAAAAACAAUAUACUCAUUUCUCAAUCAAGACGCAGGGUGGCGCUGCAGGCUAAGAUUGUGAAAAAGCCCUGAACUCGCUAAUACUUUUGCGUCAGGAGAAGGAAUCAAAAACACAGAGAAAAAGCUUUGAAAGCAGCGCGGAUUGGUAGCAAGAUAUACGUUUAAGAUUAAAAACAAUUGGGUGGCAAUUCCCUCAAUCAAGGAAACAGAACUCGGUAUCUCCAGGCUUUCGCUGUACUGAAAGGAUUCUGGACUUCAACAUGGAGAAGCUAAAGAGAAUUCAACCAAAGAGGCAAGUGAUGGCGUUAAUUUUUAUGAUGGUCUUGUCGGAGGUUCACUCGGAAUCUAUUCGUUACUCGGUACAGGAGGAAACAGAGGGUGGCUACUUCAUAGCGCAUCUGACUAAAGAUUUGGGCAUGGGAACUGGUGAACUGGCAGCCCGGUCAGCCCAGGUGUUGUCCGACGAUUACAAGCAGCAUUUGUUGCUGGAUCCUCAGACUGGAGAUUUGCUUCUGAGGGAAACACUAGACCGAGAGGAGCUAUGUGGCCCCGCUGAACCGUGUGUGCUGCAUUUCCAAGUGUUUCUUGAAAUGCCAGUGCAGUUUUUUCAAGGAGAAUUGUGGAUUCAGGAUAUUAAUGACCAUUCUCCAACGUUUCCUGAUAGGGAAGUGCUCUUGAAAAUACUUGAAAACAGCCAGCCAGGGACAGUAUUUCCCCUACAAUUAGCUGAAGAUUUGGAUGUGGGCAGCAAUGGGCUUCAAAAAUAUACAAUCAGCCCUAAUUCUCAUUUUCACGUUCACACUCGAAAUCAUAGUGAGGGCAAGAAAUUCCCAGACUUGGUACAGGACAAGCCACUGGAUCGGGAGGAGCAGGCUGAGUACAGGUUAACCCUCACGGCUCUGGACGGUGGGUCUCCACCGAGGUCAGGCAGUGUCAUGGUUCGAAUCCUGAUCAUGGACGUCAAUGACAAUGCUCCUGAGUUUGUGCACACCCCCUAUGAGGUGCAGGUCCUGGAGAACUGCCCUUUAAAUUCCCCAAUCCUCAGUGUCUUAGCUAGAGAUAUGGAUGCUGGAAACUUUGGGAGUGUUUCCUAUGGCUUGUUCCAGCCAUCAGAUGAAAUUAAGCAAACUUUCUCAAUCAAUAAAGCCACGGGAGAAAUCCGACUGCAGAAGAAACUGGAUUUUGAGAAAAUUAAGUCUUAUGAUGUGGAAAUUGAGGCCACAGAUGGAGGAGGCCUUUCUGGGAAAGGCACAGUAGUGAUAGAGGUGGUGGACGUGAAUGACAAUGCCCCUGAACUUAGUAUAACUUCGCUGACCAGCUCCAUUCCAGAAAAUGCUCCAGAAACUGUCGUCUCUAUCUUUCGAGUAGGAGACAGAGAUUCUGGAGACAAUGGAAAGAUGAUUUGCUCUAUUCCUGACAAUCUGCCCUUUGUUUUAAAACCGACAUUUUUAAAUUUCUAUACCCUGGUGACAGACGGACCACUGGACAGAGAGACCAGGGCCCAGUACAACAUCACCAUCACCGUCACCGACCUGGGGACGCCCAGGCUCAAAACCCAGCACACCAUCACCGUGCUGGUCUCCGACGUCAACGACAACGCCCCCACCUUCACCCAAAGCUCCUACACCCUCUCGGUGCCCGAGAACAACAGCCCCGCCCUGCACAUCGGCAGCGUCAGCGCCACAGACUCAGACUCGGGCACCAACGCCCAGCUCACCUACUCGCUGCUGCCGCCGCCCCACGACCCGCUCCCGGGCCUCGCCUCGCUCGUGUCCAUCAACGCCGACACCGGCCAGCUGUUCGCGCUGCGGGCGCUGGACUACGAGGCCCUGCGCGCCUUCGAGUUCCGCGUGCGCGCCACCGACCGCGGCGCGCCCCCGCUCAGCGGCCAGGCGCGCGUGCGCGUGCGCGUGCUGGACGCCAACGACAACGCGCCCUUCGUGCUGCACCCGCUGCAGAACGCGUCCGCGCCCUGCACCGAGCUGCUGCCCCGCGCCGCCCAGCCCGGAUACCUGCUCACCAAGGUGGUGGCGGUGGACGCCGACGCGGGCCAGAACGCCUGGCUGUCCUUCCAGCUGCUGCAGGCCAGCGAGCCCGGGCUGUUCAGCGUGUGGGCGCACAGCGGCGAGGUGCGCACCGCCAGGCCGCCGGGCGAGCGCGACGCGCCCAGGCAGCGGCUGCUCGUGCUGGUCAGGGACAACGGCCAGCCGCCGCUGUCGGCCAGCGUCACGCUGCACGUGCUGCUGGUGGACGGCUUCUCGCAGCCGCACCUGCCUGGGCCCGAGGCGGCGGCCGAGCGCGCGCAGGCCGACCCGCUCACCGGCCCCCUGGUGGUGGCGCUGGCCUCGGUGUCGUCGCUCUUCCUGUGCUGGCUGCUGCUCUUCGUGGCGCUGAGGCUGUGCGGGAGGAGCGGGCGGGCCGCGCUGCCUGGCUGCCCUGCGCCCGAGGGCCCCUUUCCGGGCCAGCUGCUGGACGUCAGCGGGGCGGGCACGCUGGCCCACAGCUACCAGUAUGAGGUGUGUCUCACUGGAGACUCUGGGACUGGUGAGUUCAAAUUCCUGAAGCCUCUAUUCCCCAACCUCGCGGAUCUGGAGACUGGGGGAGAACCUAGGGACAACCCCACCUGCAGGAACAGCUCUGUAUUCAGUUAAUUACAGUAUUUGUUAAGUAAAUUUCAUUAAUUAUGGCAAAGUUCCCAUUAUAAUUUUUUCUCUUAAGAAAUUGUGUUGUAAUGUAAACAUUGAAACUACUCUUUCAAAUUUAUUCAUGUUCUUCAGAGCACUGAACUUGUUCCCUGCAUUUUAGUAUUUAGAAUUUUUAUUAGUGCUGGAUAUUAAGGUUUCUCUAGGUAGUUUACAUUCUUUUGGUGAAUAAUCUUUCCACAACUAUGAAUUAUUCAAGUAAUAUAAAAUUUACAGCUUAGUACUUGAAAAUUAGGCAUCUUUGUGCUGCCUGUGCUACAUAAUGAAUCCCAGACCAAUGAAUACUACAUAGUAAGACUCUCACAAAUUUUAUUUUAUUGCACUUAAUGUCUUCUGAAAUUUUUAAAAUUGUUUUCAUACUAUUUGUUUACCAUAUAACCUUUUUCAAGGCUGUUUGAAAUUCUCCAUUUUAUUUUAUUGAUUUUGAAGAUUGAACUCAGGACUUCUUGAAUGUUAAGCAUACAUUCGACUCUUGAUCUAUACUGCACCUGAAAUAUUUUAUGGUUACAGGACAUUACUGGUUGACUGUACUAUCAAAUGAAACCCGCUGAAGUAACAGAAGCAUAAAACUGAGUAUAUUCCUCUCUCUUACACUGAAAGGAAGCAUGCACCUCACUAAAAUAUUAGUACACUAAAAUUGUGAUGUAUUUCUAUUGUGUGCACCACACAUAUGCUAAAGAUUAUCUGUUAUUUGCAUUCUACAUAUCUGGCAUAUUGUAUAUCAUAAAACAAUAUUAAAUUUUAAAAAUAAUUCUUUUAUAAAUGAUAACAUGAUAAGCUUGUAUAGUUUGCGAUCCCUUUUACUAAAACUGGUAGGGGUCUAAACUUAAAGCUCAAUGGCUAAUCAUUUAUGCAUGUAGGCCCUGAGUUCAGUUAGGCACAAAACUAAACCAAAACAAAACCCUGUUAUAUCCCUGCUUUCUUUACCCCAUUAGGGAAAAUACUGAUUAUAUGAAAUAAAUCUUAAAUUCCACUAAAGAGAGAAAUGUUAGGACAUUGUGUAUUUUUUUUUUGGUCCUUAGUUUUGCCCUGUAAAUAGAAGGCUAACUGUAGUGUCUUCAGUUUUCAAGUUGGGUUGGGUUGGGUUGGGUUUUGUGGUGCUGGGAUAUGUAUAGAAUUCCAGAGCCUCAUGUAUGCUAUCCAUGUGUUUUAGUAUUUUGCUACAUCCUCAACCCCAAGUUUAGUUUAUUGUGUGAAUUUCCUUUGGUCUUCCUGAAGUUUUUCCCUGCCUUUCAAACAAGUUCAAAAUUUCUUCCAAAUAUUGGCUGUCCUGUCUCAUUAUGAUCAUAAGUUAAUGUUGGAUUUCUUUUACCUGGUAUGUCUUUGUGUGACCAGAGUUUAUCCACAAAAUAAUGUUUGUUUGAUAUUUAUUCUUUUAUUUUGCUCUUUAGUAUUUUGAGUUAAUUUUUCAAUCAUGCCAAAGUUGCAUUUAUAUGAAAUAUGUAUUGUUUUGUACUUUAAUAGUUUGGAACAGAAACAAACUUAACUGAAUUAUAAUUGUUCUGUGUUGUGUUCAGCAAAUCACAUAUGAUGACCAUGUGAUUUCUAACUAGAAAAUACAUAUGGAUAUAUUACAGGACAACUUUAUUGAGCUUUCCACAGAAAAGGAGCAGUUGAAGAGCUUGCUUUCUAAUCUAAUAUGGUUACUUUUAAAUCUGAAGUAUUGUUCUACUUCAGUUUAAGUACUUGAAUUUUCCCCUGAGUUAUUUUUUUCCUAACUAUAUAAUGAAAUAAAAGGGAAAUUAUUAGCCAGCUGUUGUUCUCAAGAUCUAAUUUUGGCUUUUCCUCAGUUUAAACAUUAAAGCAAGGAAAAGAUAAAAGUGAAAACAAAUACAAACAAAUAUGUGAAAUUUGUGGAAAACAAAGAGUAAAGUUUGUGUUGCUAUGUAAAUAUUAUUGUUUGGGACCUGCCAUUGGGAAAGCUAUAGAUAAUAUACUAAGUUCUCAUUUGAAAAUUCUGCAGGGCUGGGUGCUUAUCAGAACUUCAAAGCACAGUGUGACCUGGCCCAGUACCUAUUUGGAAAAAGGUGAUUUCACUGGAUAGGGCCCCUUAAAGCUAAGAGAGUAGAAGGUGAACUCUCCUUUGAAGAAUAUAAUAUCUUAAUUCUGGGUAGCUUUUUACGUAAAUAUCUCUAACAUUCAGUAAAAAUAAAAGUAAUAGGUUCACAAGGUGUGGUGAUGCAUGCCUAUAGUCCCAGCACUAAGGAGGCUGAGGCAGGAAGAUUGUUGCAAAUUCAAAGCCAGUCAACAAAAUGAGUUCAAGGACAGCUCAGACUGAAUGGUAAGACCCUGUCUUAGAAGGACAAAAAGAAAGAAAAGAAAAAAUAAUAGGUUCAUAUACACAAACUGAACGAUAUGAGUAAAACUGAAAAAUCAUAAUACCAAUGACUUAUAGAUUACUCAGAUACCACAAUUAACUAACAUACAUGUUAAAAUAAAUAUGACAAUGAUUUAAAAAUAAGGAGCAGUAGAUUAGAUCAUGGCAUUGGGAAUUGAAAUUUUAAAAUGGUAAAUCUACAACUGAAAAAUAUAAUAUCUGACACAAAAUGACAUAAAUGAUUAAUGUCAUAAAUGUAAUGAAAUAUAAGACUAGCGAAUAGAAGAUAGAUCAAUCUAAUAAUCCAAGAGAAACACAAGAUACAAUAAUACAAAAUACAAAAAGAACAUUAGUAUCACAAAGAAUAAAUCCAAAAACUGUAGCACACAUGUGCUUGUAAUCUUAGAAGGAUAAAAGAGAAUAAAAGUUGUUAUAAGCAUAUUUGAAGUUAUAGUGAUCGAUAAUUUCCUAAAAUAGACAAAUGUCUUUAAACCUUCAAUAUUCAUCAGUAAGCCUAAUCAGGGUAAAUAUUAAAUAAAACCUACUAUAUCAUAGGAAAAUCUUCAAGACCAAGGCCAAAGAUUAGAAAUCUUAAAAGCAGCACCCUAAAAUGAUACUACUUUUCAAGAGCCUCUAUAUAAGAAAGAGCUAACCUAACAAAAACCAUGAAAUCCAAAUACAAAGAGGUAAUGUCUUUUAAUUACUGAAAGAAAAUUAUUGCCAGACUAGAAUUCUAUUCAACAAACAUACCCUUCAAAAUGAAUUUAUCAGAAAAAUAAAAACUAAGAGAAUUAAUCACUGUCAUACCUUCACUAAAAGAAAUAUUCUUAAUGGAAUUAAUUAGACAGGAAAACAACCCUAAUAGGAUCACAGAACUACCAGAAGAAACAAAAAGUAACUGAAAGGUAAAUGAAAAUUAAUGGUGACAGAAUAUUGAUUAUACUAGGCAAUAACAGCAGUUUGUUAAUUUAAAAUAUAUGUAUGAAGUUUAAAUCAAUAAUAGCUAUAGCUUAAAAGAAAGAGUUUUAAUGUUCAAAAGUUCCAAAAUUCUAAGCUUUAUGUCCUAAGACUAGAAAAAUAAAUUUUCAUUGAAUUAUUUUACAUUAAACAUGCAUGCUACGACACACAUUGUGGUCCAUGCCUGUAAUCCCAGCACUCAGGAGGCUUAAGCAGGAGUAUUGCUGUGAUUUUGAGGCCAGCCUGGACUACAUAAUGAGAUCAAGGCCAGUUUGCACUACAUGAUGAGACUCUAUCUCAAAAAAAGUGCAUGUUGUAAUUUCUUGGGUGCCCACUAACAUAAUAACUACAAAAAUAACUGAAGAGAACUUUUAAAAUAACAAGUAUUUUAAUAAUGCAAAAGAAAACCAAAACUUUAAGGACAUACGGAAAAAUAAUUAGAUGGUAGGUAUAGAUGAAAAGUAUCAGCUAUUACAUUCAUUACAAAUAGAUUAAGUAAUCCAAUUAAACAAUCAAAAUUGUAAGAUUAGAUUUAAGGAAAAGCAAAAUACAUGCUAUCAAAUAAGUAUGUGCAUGUAAGAGAGAGAGAGAGACAGACAGACAGACAGAUGGAGAGAAAGAGAUAACGAAAGAUUGAAAGUUUAAAAUAGAGUUGUAUAAUACAAACACUAGACAAAACAAUUUCAAGGUGGUUAUACUUACAUAAGAUAAAGGAUACAUUAAGAAAAGAUACAUUGCUAAUGAAAACAGAGAUGUUUCAUAAUAAUAAAAAGUAGUAUACCUGAAAUCUUUGAGUUAUUAAUUCAAUACUUCGCCAUAAGAGAACUACUAAGCAUAAAAAAUUGAGUUGGCGAAUACAAAUGCAAGAUAGACAAAUGGCAUUCAUAUUGUAAAGCUUAAUACCCCUGUCCAGAUUCCUGACAGAAUAAGAUAGAACACACACAUGCACAAACAUACCAAAGAAUAUUAAAGACCGAAAAACAUGAACCUCUCAUUCAAUUAAGUUGGCAGGCAUAGUAUUCUAAAACAUUCUUUUACAUACAUGUGGGUUAUUAUCAAGAUUGUCCAAAACCUGGCUCAUAAAGCAAAGUUCAAAUGUAAAAGAAUGAAUUGAAAUGCCUCAGGAUAUUCUUUGACCACAGCAGAAUUAAUGCAAUAUUAAUAUCUAAUAGGACAUUCCCUAAUAUUUCAAAGGUAAACAAUAAAACCCAUGAGUCAAAGAAAUAACACAGAUUUCCAAAUAUUUCCAAACUGGGUAAAAGUUAAGAACUAACAGAUCACAUCAGAACAAAUGGAAUUUUAGUGCAUCCUAAAUGUUCAUAUUAGAACCUUAAAUUCACAUAGAGAUUCAAAAUCAGUGAAGGAAUUUUAAGAGAAUACACAAAGUAAAGCAAAUCAAGUACAAGAGAUGCACAUAGAAAAUAUAAGUAGAAAUAAAUUUCAUGCCAAAUGCAUAUUUUGUAUUAUAGGGAAAACCAGUAAACCAAAAGUUAUUUCUUUGUAAUAAUUAAUACAGUUAGAAACUCUUAGAUAAGUCAAGAAAAAAGACAAAACACCAGUUGCCAAUAUUAGGAGUAAAAAAGGAGCAUAACCACCAAUCCUGCCAGCACUGAAAUAUAAACUUUUAUAAAUAUGAACAAUUUUAUGCUAAGAAAUUUAACAAAUUAUAUAAAAUAUCCUCAUUUUACAAAACCAAAGCAAGAAAAAUAUAAAAUCUGAUUAGGCCUAUCUAUUAAAAACUUUUUAAAUGUUUUUAAAAAAUCUUGCCUCUUUACAGUAGUAAAUUCCAAAUAUUUGUAUAAGUAUUAACAUUGAUAUAUACAAACUCAGAACAGAAAAAUAUAAUUAUUUGCUAAAUCAUUUGGGUGCCAGAAUAAUCUGAACAGGACAUCCAGAUCUGAGUUAGAUCUGAUAAGAAAGGAACAUAAAAGUCAAACUCAUUUAUAAACAUACAUAACAUUUUUCUUUUUAAAAAUAUGCAAAUAUUUGGAUAUAUGUAUAUAAAAGAAAAAUUAUUGAAGAUGGAGUUUAAUUUAGCAGUACAUGGAAGUGUAAUUGAAACUGAAAUUUGAUCAGUGAUCACUAUAUCAACAGAUAUAGGAAAAAUAACAUGUUUACCUCAACAGGGACAGAAAAAGUCAUUUAAUCUAAUUCAUUUAAUUUAAUUUAAUUCAUUACAUAUUAAUGGUAAAAUUACAUAAAAAUGAAAAUGUAAAAAACUUUUAGGUGUCUUUAAGAACUGUUAGUUAACAUUAUCAAUGCCAAACUAUUGAAAACUGUCUUUAAAAACUGAUAGUAAACAUUAUUAAUGCCAAACUAUUGAAAACUCGCCUUUGGAGAUCAAGUAUGAGAUUGCUAUCUAUUCAGGAUUUUACUAUUGAGCCUAACCAGGGGCGAGAAAAGUAAAAGAAAAGGCACAGUGUUUGGAAGGAAAGGAAUAAACAUUUGUUUAAAAAGAUAAAAUCAUGAAUAACUACACAUCUCACAAUUUCUUUGUGAAAAUUGAUCACCUGAAUAUAAAGUUUAAUAGAAAUACAAAGGGACAAUAAUAGACAUUUUUGAAGAAAAAAAUAAAUCUGGAUAUAUCACACCAAGAGCAUGAUCCACAAGAGAAAGAACCCAUAAAAAGAAUUUCACGAAGCUUCUGAUCUAUAAAAAUACAGCCUAGAAAAAUAUUUGCAAAAGAUGUAUUUGAUAAAGAAAACUCUUAUCCAGUAUACUAAAUACAAAGAAUAAUUUUAAAAAUCCCACAUAAAAAUAGAUCAAAGACCUUAACAAAUACCUUCUAAAGAAGAAGAAGCGACUGAAAACAAACAUAUCAAAAGCUGUUCCACAUCAGAUGUAAUGAGGGAAAGCAAAAUUAAAUAAAAAUAUCACUAUACAACUACUAAACAGCCAAUCUGCAGCACCAAACACUGUGGGGAAUAUGGAGCAACAGGAACUCUCUUUCACUCCUGGUGGGACAGAAACAUGGCACUGCCACUUUGAAAGAAAGUUUGACAUUUCAUAUAAAAUUAAACACACUUCCUAUAUGAUUGAGAGUCAGGCUCCUCAGUACUUAGAAAAAGGAAUUAAAACUGAUUUCUAUACAAAAAAAUUUCACAGAGAAUUAAUAGCAGCUUUAUCCAUAACCAUUGAAACUUGGAAAUAGUCAUAAUGACCCUCAGUGGGUGAGUGAAUGAACAAAUUUUUAUACAGACACAUAGCGAGAUAUUCUUACUCAUGCCAAGUUGAAACAGACUAUCAAUGCAUGAAAAGCCACUGAGAAAAUAUAAAUGCAUUUUAUUCUCAGAAAAAGGUUCAAAACAUGAAAAGACUUCAUAUUGUAUGAUUCUUCAUACAACAUAUUGUAUGAUUUCUGAAUAAGGUAGAGGUUUGUACAGAUUUUGGAAUGGGGGAGGAGAUAUAAAUAGAGCAUAGAAAAUUUUUAGUACAGUGAACACAUUCUGAUAGUAUUUUAAAUGUAGCUAUGUCACAAUAAAUUUAUUCAAACUGAUAGAAUGUACAGCACCAAGAGUGAAUCCUAAUUUAAACUAUUAACUUAGUAAUAAAACUGUGCUAAUGUGUGUUCAACAAUCAUUCUUAUGGUGUGGGAGAUUGGUAAUAAGUUUCGUACAUGUGUGUACAUGGGAAAUUUCUGUACAUUGUGAUUAUUUUUCUGUGAACCUAAGACUAUUCUCUAAAAUCAUUAUAUUUUUAAUGAAGGACAUACCUCGCAGAAAAUAAAAUUCAUGAUAAAGUAAA